UAGAGUCGGUACUUUUCUCUGUUGAACAGAAAAGUGACGUAAUUCUUCUUCUUGAAAUUGGAGGACUAUUCUUGCGUGUUCAGAAAAACCUGCCCAUCUCCAGAUGCAUGUUGUGACCAGGCUGUGGAUCCUUAAUCUAAUAAGAAAGCAGAAAAAAUCAGUAUCUUAUUCACAAUGGAAGAAUUUCAGAUUUCAAGAUCUCACAAGAAGAUGCUUCUUGUGCACAGGAAUUUCAAACCCAACAGUAACUGCAGAUGCCAGUCAACCAGGUUCACCUGUGAAAGAUGACUUGGAACACCUCCAUAAGAUUCGUAACAUUGGAAUUAUGGCUCACAUAGAUGCAGGAAAGACCACUACCACAGAGCGAAUGCUGUUUUAUAGUGGCCUUAUUCGCACCGUUGGUGAAGUUCAUGAUGGAGAUACUGUUAUGGAUUAUAUGGAACAAGAGAGAAAUAGAGGCAUAACCAUCACAUCUGCUGCUAUCACUUUCCCAUGGAAUGACCACCGAGUAAACUUGGUGGAUACCCCUGGCCAUGUGGAUUUUACCAUGGAAGUUGAACGAGCCCUUAGAGUACUGGAUGGAGCUGUUGCAAUUUUUGAUGCCUCAGCAGGGGUCGAAGCACAGUCCAUUACAGUUUGGCGGCAGGCUAAUUCAUACCAGGUACCUCGUUUAUGUUAUCUAAAUAAAAUGGAUAAACCCAAUGCUGAUGUGUCACUCUGUUUAGAUGCCAUCAAAGAGAAGCUCCAUGCUACACCAUUACUUUUACAGCUUCCAUUAGCUCAGGGUAAUGCCUUUAGUGGUGUUAUAGAUCUGAUUACCAUGAAGAAAUUCACCUGGAACUCAAAAAAAAGAGAUUACGGGAGAAGCUUCAUCAAGGAAACAUUGAAUGCAGAUGAUGAAAUGUGGGAUCAGGCAUUUCUGGCAAGGUGUGAAUUAACUGAUAAGCUGACUGACAUGGAUUUGGAAAUGGCAGAGUAUGUGCUUGAAAAAGAAUCUAUUGAAAACAUCCCUACAAAGUUGUUAAUGGAAGCCAUUCGCAGAGUGACUCUGAAACAGGAUGCUGUGCCUGUCCUCCUAGGUAGUUCGUACAAAAAUAUUGGAGUGCAGCCACUUCUAGAUGCAGUUGUUGAUUAUUUGCCAUCACCGUUGGACAUCAUUCAUGAGACAGUAAAACUCUAUUCUCCUUCAUUAUGCGCCAUGGCAUUUAAAAUAGUCCAUAAUAAGCAACGAGGUGGUAUGCUGACCUUUUUGCGCAUCUACUCUGGACAUUUGGAGCAAGGGCAAAGAAUAUAUAAUGUCAACAGUGAGGUUAUGGAAAAAAUUGGACGUGUCAUGAUAGCGUAUGCUGACGAGUUCAAAGAAGUUGGCAGCAUCAAGUCUGGAAACAUUGUAGUUGUCACAGGACUUAAGGAAACUAGAACUGGAGAUACAUUAGUUGUAAGUCAGUCUGUAGCCAAGAGUGUGAAGAAGGAAGCAUUGAGGAACAAGACAGAAGUACCUUUGUUAAUGGGCUUGCAGAUUCCUGAUCCAGUUUUCUUCUGUUCAAUAGAGGCACCAUCUCUUUCCCAGACUAAACUUCUUGAAGAAGCAUUAGAUCAAUUGCAGAAAGAAGAUCCAAGCUUGAGAGUGACUGCCGAUGAAGAUACAGGACAAACAGUUCUUUCUGGAAUGGGAGAACUACACCUAGAUAUCAUCAGAGAUCGCAUUCACAAAGAGUACAAGGUGGAAGCAGAGCUAGGGCCAUUGCAAGUAGCAUAUAAGGAAACCUGCAGGUCAUCUAAUAUUCAUACUUCUGAUAUAAACAAGACAAUUGGGGAUGCUAACCAGCGCGUUAAGAUAACUCUCUCUAUAGAACCAGAAAACUAUUAUAAACAUAAGUCUGUUGCUCUGGCAAGGACAAAAGAAAAUCAGGAGAAUUUAAGUUCAAUUCGCCGUCAUAUCAUGAAUGCCGUUAAUCAAGGAGUGAGUUCAGCACUGAACAGUGGGCCUGUUUUAGGCUUUCCAGUGGUCGAUGUAAAAGUGAGCCUUCAUUGGCUAGAAACCGGCCAUAAAACUUCUGAGACAAUAGUUGCAGCAACUGCUGCACAAUGUGUCCAUCAGUUAUUACAAAAAUCAGACUGUCAGUUGAUGGAACCUUUCAUGGAACUAGAGAUCAUUACUGAUGAAACCAACUCAUCAUCAGUAAUUGCAGACAUAACUCGAAGACGAGGAAACAUCGUGAGAAUCAGUCACCGUCAAGACUCAAAGGUAAUAAAUGCCGAGUGCCCUUUAGCGGAGCUUGUAGGAUAUUCAACAGCUUUACGAACAAUUACGUCUGGCACAGCAGUUUUCAGCAUGGAGCUUUCAAGUUAUAGAUUGAUGAGUGCACAUGACCAAGCAGUAGCAAUUGAAAGAGUGACUGGAUUUUGAUUUGUAUGUGUAAAAUAUAUUGUGUACAGAUUUUGAUUUGUAUAUGUAAAAUAUAUUGUGUACAGAUUUUGAUUUGUAUAUGUAAAAUAUAUUGUGUACAGACA